UAUUAAUCAUGGACGAUGAUAUCCCUGAUUUGGAAGAUUUUAGUGAAUAAUUAUAAAAGAAAAAGGAAGCAGCUAUUGAUAUUGGUGAUUACACUAAACCUGUUGAGGAUAAACCUAUUCAAAUCCAACAACCGAAAAAAUAAGAGAGUGAUUUCAAAGGUUUAAAAAAAGGUUUCUUGAAUGAUGAAAAGAAAGAUGAUGAUAUUAUUAAACCUAAAGAAAAGAAAAAUCCUUUAGAAAUUAAUGAAGUUUAAGAAAAUAUGAAAUAAAAUAAUUAUUCACAAUUUGGAUAAUUCUUGACAUAAAAUAAAGAGGAAUGGUUAAACUAAGAUUUAUUAUAAAAAGUAAAAUGAUUUUGAAUUAAAUUUUAGAUUGCUAACAAUCCAAAAUUAUAAAAAUUAUUUACUAAUCCAGAAUAUUUAUCAGCUGUAUAAUAAAUGUAGAGUAAUCCAACUGGUGUUAUGUAGAGAUACAAGAAUAAUCCUGAAUUUUUAGAAUUAAUGUCAGAAUAUAUGAAAACUAUGGGUGAACAUUUCCAAUAAUUAAAACCUUAAAAAUAAGAUAAGCCAUAAUAAUAAUAAUAAUAAUAAUAAUAACCAAAAAUAAUUCCUGUUGAUUAGAAUCCACAAAAAAAAUAACCAUAAACCUAAGAAGAAAAGAUCUAAUAUAUUAUAGAAAAUGAUAAAGAAGUAAAAGCUGUAUUACAAGAUCCAAGAGUACAAGCAUUUAUUGAAUAUUUAUAAAGAACAGGAAAAGCUGACUUUUAAGAAAUAGCUUAUAAAGACCCAUAAUUAAUGUAGAAAUUACAAAUACUCAUCCAAAAAGGUGUUUUAAAUGUAUAACGUAUGUGA